ACAGCUUCCUCUUCGUGUCGGGGAACGCUCACCACUCACCACUGUACCAAAUACCAUUACCAAACCCCCCCUUGAAAUUUACUGCACAAACGAUACCUGAUUCUGUCCCCCCCCCCCCCUCUCUCUCUCUCAGCCGAAUGAACACUUUGACUGUUAGUAGUUCUACUUCUCCCUUUCUCUACGGUGUUGAUUUCUGGUCGGCGAAAUUGUCGGUUUUGAUGGAAGGCAAGCUGGUCUUUCUGCUGUUAAUCGCUUGCCUUUCGGUUUGCCGUGGGGCUUCCAACUCUGUUCUCAAUGCUUCACUUGAUCUGCAUUUGGUUGCCUCUUCUGAUAAUCAAAACCGCAGUGAAGCACCGUGCCCUCCUGGUUGGGUUGUCAGCCCAAGUAAGAGAAAGUGCUAUGGUUAUAUAGCAAGCUCCCAGUCAUGGGACCAAUCAGAGACUUACUGCAAUGGUUAUCAUGGACAUCUGGCAGCAGCAACAUCGUUUCAUGAGCUGAGCUUUGUUCAAAAGUUGUGCAAUGAACUUGUUAAUGGAUGCUGGCUUGGAGGGAGAAAUAUCAACUCUAGAGCUGGUUUUGGCUGGAAAUGGUCUGAUAAUGAAUCACGGUGGAACAAUUCUAUCCUUAUCGGGACACCUUUACAUUCUGGCUGUACCAAUUUAUCAUGCCAUAUCAAUACCACAGUUGAGUUAUGUACACUGUUGACUAAUGGAACUAGCUCACUUAUAGCUGAGAGAUGCAACCAGAUGCAUUCUUUUGUAUGCAUGCUUGAUAUAGAGAAGAAGUGUUACCAUAUGCACUGCCACAGGGAAUAUCUUAUUAUCCUUGCUGUCGUAAGCGGUCUGAUUCUGUCCAGUACAUUAGCUGUUGUAAUUUGGCUCCUUGUGUAUAAAAGGAGCAAGAGGCGCAGAAAAUCUCGCAAACUAUCUAAUCCUGCAGCAUCCGUACUUGUUCCCCCAUCAUGGAGAGUUUUCACCAGUGAGGAACUAAGGUCAAUUACAAAGAAUUUCAGUGAAGGAAACCGUCUUCUUGGAGAUGCUAAAACGGGUGGCACAUAUAGUGGGCUACUCCCUGAUGGAUCAAGGACUGCAAUUAAAAGGUUGAAGAGGUCUAGUUUCCAGAGGAAAAAAGAAUUCUAUUCUGAGAUUGGAAGGAUUGCCAGGCUUCAUCAUCCAAAUUUGGUGGCUGUAAAAGGAUGCUGCUAUGAUCAUGGUAAUCGCUACAUUGUUUAUGAGUUCAUAGCAAAUGGGCCAUUAGAUAGAUGGCUACAUCAUAUACCCAGGGGUGGUAGGAGCUUGGAUUGGGCCAUGAGAAUGAAAGUUGCCACAACUCUUGCUCAAGGAAUUGCGUUCCUGCAUGAUAAGGUCAAACCGCAGGUUGUACAUCGGGAUAUUCGGGCAAGUAAUGUGUUGCUUGAUGAAGAGUUUGGAGCCCAUUUAAUGGGAGUUGGUCUUUCAAAGUUUGUUCCGUGGGAAGUUAUGCAUGAGAGGACAGUGAAGGCUGGUGGCACAUAUGGAUAUCUUGCUCCAGAGUUUGUGUACAGAAAUGAGCUCACAACAAAGAGUGAUGUUUACAGCUUUGGAGUGCUGCUACUUGAAAUUGUUACAGGGCGCAGACCAGCUCAGGCUGUGGACUCAGUAGGUUGGCAAAGUAUAUUCGAGUGGGCGACACCUCUAGUGCAGGCUCACCGAUAUCCAGAGCUCUUGGAUCCUCUUAUAUCCUCUUCUUCUUCUCAAAUUCCCGAAGCUGUAAUUAUUCAAAAGGUAGUAGACCUUGUCUAUGCUUGCACCCAACAUGUUCCGACCAUGCGCCCAAGAAUGUCACACAUUGUUCAUCAGCUGCAGCAGUUGUCCCAGCCUUAAAAAGUAAUCUUCAGUUGAUUAUGAACUCCAGGGCUUCCCUGUUUAUGGAAGAAGCAUUUGCCUUUUUCUGGGUGCAAGGUUUGUUUUAUUCCCAGUAAGGCUGUAGUGCUGGAGUUUCUUUGCUAAUGUAGUCUGAUUUAGUUUUGAGAUAAUGGACUUGUUUGUGGCAGAAAGGAAUUAGGACCUGGUUUUACUGGUAAUUAGUUUUGGAACUUCAUAAGCUGAUGUAACAUCAAAAGUUUGAAGCCAUUCUGAUUAUUCCGUGUUCAUGUUGGCGUGGUAGCUUAAAAAUCUUGUUACUGGGAGAUUCAAUAUAAGAGUCCAGAAGGGAAGCUGUGAUGCAGAAGAAAGAGGUAGCUCCCAUAGUUUAGGGUAUAAGCACACAAAUCUAUAUUGGUUACUCUCUUUUUGAUGAUACUGCUUGCUAAAUUGUGGCACAACUAAAAUCUCUGUUGGGGAUCUAUUUAUAAGUAUUAUCUUAAUUCCAUUCUUAUACACUGUGGAACUGGUUUA